AUGAUUAUCAAGGAAUAGUGAGUUUUACCCUGAUUUUUAACUAAAAUUCAAAAGAAGGGCCAGUGUUGUAGUUUCACACUUUUCCUUGAUGGAUUAUAACUCGUGACUCUUCGGUUGCUCAAGAGCAGAUGAAGCGAGUUCAAGGCCGAGUGAGAACCACUAAAAUAGGACAAGGUAUUCAGGCAAAAGAUUUAUUCAGGGUGGGUAACCCUAAGCCAGGAAUAUACAGAAUAGAAUCGUGUGUACAGAAAACAUUUAAAGUUUCUCAAAAUGUCUCAAAAUUCUCCAUUUCUUUUCAGUCGCGUUGUUCUGCCGCUUUCGGUGGAAGAGUACCAAGUGGGGCAGCUGUGGUCGGUCGCGGAGGCGUCAAAAGCCGAAACGGGCGGCGGCGAGGGCGUCGAAGUGCUCAAGAACGAGCCGUUCGACAAUGUUCCGCUGCUGAACGGACAGUUCAACAAAGGACAAUACACUCACAAAAUCUACCAUCUCCAAUCGUGAGUGUUUCAUCAUUUUAGGCUUUUUUUACCUAAACAUCCCAUUUUUACAGAAAAGUGCCAGCACUGAUCCGUAAAAUCGCGCCAAAAGGCUCGCUGGCAAUCCACGAGGAGGCGUGGAACGCGUAUCCGUACUGCAAGACGGUCAUCACGAAUCCCGAUUAUAUGAAAGAGAACUUCUAUGUGAAAAUUGAGACGAUCCACCUGCCGGACAACGGAACGACCGAGAACGCGCACGGACUGAAGGGCGAGGAGCUGGCGAAGCGGGAAAUUGUCAAUAUCAACAUUGCCAACGACCACGAGCACCUCAAUUCCGGCGAUGUCCAUCCGGACACGACGCCCUCCAAAUUUCACAGCACCAAAACCGGACGGUACGCUUUUCGGCUUGAACUUCAAACCUUGAAAUUCUAGAAAAAUCGUUGAAUGGGCUUUAAAGGGUUUGAAGCUAAAUUUGCAAAAAUUCUGAAUUUCAGUGGUCCGCUAACAGGAAAUUGGCGAGAAACGUCGCAGCCGGUGAUGUGCGCCUACAAGCUCGUCACCGUCUACUUCAAAUGGUUCGGAUUCCAGAAGAUUGUCGAGGGAUACGCCCACACGGUAAUUUUGCAUUUUUUUUCGAAUUAAAAUCCAGGAUGUUUUUUUGUUUUUUUUCAGCAAUACCCACGCCUCUUCUCGAAAUUCCACCGAGAAGUGUUCUGUUGGAUCGACAAAUGGCACGGCCUCACGAUGGUCGACAUCCGGGAAAUCGAGGCGAAAGCGCAAAAAGAGCUCGAGGAGCAGCGGGCACAGGGACAAGUGCGCGGAAUGUCCGGAUGA